UUUGACAGUCAGACAUAACCUCUAAAAUUGACAUCGAAAAAUAUAAAUAUACCAUCAAAUGGCAGCAAAUCAAUAUUUACUUGAUUUAUACGGAGGAUUCAUUAAUCGGGACGAUAUGUCUAAAGAGACGUCUGUUAAGCAAAGGAAAAAACCUGUCGACGAAGCGAAACCCGAUACAAAGUCAGUCAAAUCGAAGCGAAAAGACGGAGGAAAACAACUAACAUUCGACAAUUUACCGAAAAAAGGUGCCUACCGAUUGUGGACGCGAACUGUUAUCGUAACCGCUUUGCUUGUGAUCGUCUAUUUCGCAUCUUCGAAGCAAAAGGAACGACAUUUUGCGCUGCAAAAGGAAAACAUUCCAUACCGUAGCCAGAAUGUACUGUGCUCCGAUUCGUUCAGCCAAGAGAUCAGCAAGUAUCCGAAUUGUGUUCCGAAAUUUUGCGGUCGAAUGGUCAUCGACACACUGGUAACAUUAGAGGAGGUGGAGGUGUUACGAACACUAGCCGAAUCCGGAUUUCAAUUCGGCGGUUCCAGUGGUGGAGCAUCUAUUUUAGACUUACAUUCGGGUGCACUAUCGAAGGGAAAGGAAUUCGUGAAUGUCUACAAAUUUCCUGGGGCUCAAAAAAUUUUCGAAUCAAGUGGUGCCAUUACAACCUAUCGGGAUGUUAAAACGAAAAUCAGCAAUGCCAUCAGCGAACGGUUCGGUAUAAACGUCGAGGCGCUAUACUUAACUCAUCCCACAUUCUUUUCUCGCAUCACAAAUGUUACAGCGAAAACAGUACACGACGAAUAUUGGCAUCCACAUGUUGACAAGGAAACAUACGGAUCGUUUCAUUACACGUCGCUGUUGUACUUAAGCGAUUUUGGAAAAGAUUUCAACGGCGGUCGAUUCGUUUUCGAAGACGGAGCCGAGCACAACAAAACUUUGUACACUAUUGAACCGAAAAAGGGGCGAGUUAGCAUAUUCACAUCGGGGGCGGAGAAUUUGCACUAUGUGGAAAAAGUAACAGAUGGUUCACGAUUUGCAAUAACGAUUUCAUUUUCGUGCGACAAGGAAUCUGCAAUAACUGAUCCUCAAUACAUCAACGAUAUUGAUGACUAGCCGGCGAUCGGAUCAACUUAGACUUUAGGAAUCGUGAUUUUUGAGUUUUUUCUUUUAUUUUGAUUUUUUUUUUACAUAAAUUCGCUGCUAGUCGUUGAUGUA